AAAUUUGGCGGAUGCGCGAUAUGUUUGGUUGCCUAUCUCAAAGGUCAACCAAAUUUAUUACAUGUUUUGCAAUUUUAACCUUCUACUGCUGCUGAGUUCAAAAUAUCUUGUAAUAUAGUCUUAUCUUGGUUUAUUCAACAACGGCAACAUGUUUAAAACACACGUUUUGAAACACAUGCCAACUUCUUGCAUUCGGAGUAAAUCCAAGUUGGCGAACCUAGAAAAACUCAAGGAACGAAUUGUGAGUGGCCCCAGUUUGCAGGAUUUUAUCACUACCACUGAACCCAUACUCCCUGAUGAGCCUGAACGCUGGAAGGACUACGAUGGGAAGUUGAAACGUGCCAAGGGUGAAGAACAACGUCUCAGACUACCUCCAUGGCUUAAGACCAAAAUUCCUACAGGUCCAAAUUUUAGUAACAUCAAGGAGCAACUACGAAAUUUAAACCUGCAUACCGUGUGUGAAGAAGCACGAUGCCCAAACAUCGGCGAAUGCUGGGGUGGCGGCGAGCACGGUACCGCAACCGCCACAAUCAUGUUAUUAGGUGACACUUGUACUCGUGGAUGCCGAUUUUGCUCGGUGAAGACGUCCAGAAAACCACCGCCUCCUGAUCCAAAUGAGCCGAUACACACCGCCACAGCCUUAGCAACUUGGGGAUUGGAUUAUGUUGUCUUAACAAGUGUGGACAGAGAUGACCUUCCAGAUGGUGGCAGCAAUCAUUUUGCAAAUACUGUCAGGGAAAUCAAGAAACAAAAUCCCAAUAUACUAGUAGAAUGUUUAGUUCCUGACUUUGCUGGCGAUUUGAACCACAUGAAAGUUAUAGUUGAAUCAGGCCUUGAUGUGUAUGCACAUAACAUAGAAACUGUAGAAGCUUUAACACCGUAUGUCCGAGACCGAAGGGCGAAAUAUCGUCAGUCAUUAGCAAUGCUGAAAGGUGCGAAGGAUUUUCAUCCGGAUAUAAUUACUAAGUCGUCAAUUAUGCUGGGUCUUGGUGAGACAGAUGCUGAAGUAGAGCAGACUCUAAAAGAUCUGAAGGAGGCUGGUGUUGAAUGUGUUACUCUGGGACAGUACAUGCAACCAACGAAGAGGCAUCUCAAAGUUAUUGAGUAUGUUACUCCGGAGAAAUUCAAACAUUGGGAGGAUGUUGGCAUGAAGAUGGGAUUUUUGUACGUCGCCAGUGGACCCUUGGUUAGGAGUUCGUACAAAGCUGGCGAGUUUUUCAUUGCUAGUAUAUUGAAAAAUCGAAAAGCCAGUGCAUCUAACUCACCUAGUCAGGAAUAAGUUGUUUAAGUAAUGUUGUUGUUGUUUUUAAAUUUUAAAUUUGUUAAUAAACAUAUUUAUAUAAAUUUAUUGUAAAGUGAAGUUAUUUUAUUUGAAUAAAUGAUGUAAAAUAUGUAAUUCAAAUAAAAUUUUCUUAUGAAAAAUGUA